AUGCCUUACGUUCGCUCCCGCAAGUUCUGCUGCUGCCUGCCCGUCCGGUUCGGCGUCUUCUGCGAGGCGCUGCUCGGGCUCGGGCUCGGUGGGUUCGCCGCCAUCGCCGCGUUCCUCUCGAUCCAACAAGUCAUGGCCGGCAAGCUCCCCGACGUAUCGCACGACGAGCUGAUCGCGCUCUGGAUCGUGGCGGUCACGAUGACGCUCUUCGCGUUCACCGGUCUCAUGGGGCUGAUCGGCUCGAUCGGGCGCAUCCGCGGGCUGGUGUCGCUGUACGCGAGCGUGAUCACGUUCGUGACCGUCGCGAACGUCGUCGGCGGGAUCUACGUCAUCUACCAGCUCUUCCACGCCGCGGGCGCGGAGCAGGUCGCCAAGUGCGAGGCGGACGCGCAGGGCGGGAAGACGGACGUGAACCACUUCGUGUGCGACGAGGGCUUCAAGGUCGGCCGCACGGUCGCCAUCGUCGUCUACGUCAUCUUCUGGCUCAUCGAGAUCUACGGCUGCUUCAUCGCGUUCUGGUACGUGUCGCAGCUCACCGAGGAGAAGGACGCGGAGCUGCUCGCGAGCGCGGCGGAGAAGCAGACCGCCGCGAACGUCACCGUCGUCGCCCAGCCCGCGUACGCCUUCUCCCAGACGCCCAACGCCUACGCCCCGCCCACGACCACGUACGGCGAGUACCCCGCGAGCCGCGUCUAG